AUUCACCAUUAACCAUUAACAGAAGAAUUAAACGGUAGCAAGCAUCUCAACAGAAUUUAUAAUACUUAUUAUUUAUAUUUUUUAAUUCAUUCAAUAGAAUCCUGCCGCCGUUCAUGUCAAUCAUUGUUAUCACAACAGCAGAGUAAAAAAACUGUCAAUCAUAAUUUUUCUAUUCACCGACAAUCUUUAACAACCGACAGGAAUAUUUGUUUCAAACCACGAGCCACAAAUACUGCACGGAGUAAGGAAAACGACUGUGAUUCACAAGUUUAUCAAGUCAACAGGAAUUGGUUGUGCUUUUUUUUCCUUAAUCAAAGAUUUUUUUUAAUUCAAGGCACUAUUGAGCCGAGUGAAUAUUUUUUUAAGUUAUUAUUGUUGCAUACGCGGAUUGUUAUGGAGACAUAACUGAUACUUAAUUCAAUAAUUUGUGUUUAUUGAUUGAAUAAUUAAAAAAUUGCAAUAUGAAAAUUUUAAGUGUAUUUUUAAGUAUUUUGACUUGCUCUGGGUUAAUUAAUAGUGAAAGUAUUAGUGAGACAUGUAAUCAUGAACAUGGAGAACUUAUUAAGUGUCAAUGUAAUGGAAAUGAGGAGUUGAAUCUUCCAAGCAACAUAAACUACGAAAAUGUGUCAUAUUUAGCAAUAACAUCAUGCAAAUUCGCCGACCUACACUUUUCAAGUCUGCCAAACGCGCAAAUAAUUCGGCAUAUAUUGAUCCAAAACAUCAGCGGAAGUUUAAAAUUUGAACCUUUUGUGAUAUCCAAAAAAUUAGACACAUUCAAGUUGAAAAAUAUCCAAAAAAUACCAAUAAUAACUCACGACACAUUCACAAGCAUAUCGAGCAUAGAAACAUUAAUGAUUGAAGACACACGGAUCGACCAAUUCGACGAACAAUUCGCCCAUAUAAGCAUCGAUAAUUUCAUUUUGCGCAACGUCUCAAUAAAGCAAAUGAUCGGUAUUAAUUUUUCCGGGCAAGGCAAAACGUUGAAAAUAAUCGACACAAUAAUACGCAAUGUGGCGGGUGAUUUGAAUUUCGCGUACUUUGAGUCAAUUGAAAUUAUAAACUCGACAUUUGAAUUUGAAAAACCGGGCGACAUACCAAUCGAAGGUUUGAACGCACAAAUUAUUAACUGCGUGUUUUUGAACGUCAGCGUUAAUUUAGUUGUUAAUGAGAAUAUUAAAUUAAAGGAUAAUUGUGCUGAUGGUAAAAGUUCGAUGAGAUUAUCGUCGAAGUAUGUCUACAGUGUUGGUAAUAGACUACCAACAGAAAUAAUUUACACGCAAAAUCGCACAAAUUCUGUUUUGUUUCAUAAUAACAAUAAUACUGUAUGCAUUGCCGGGAAUUGCAAGUGUCCGAAAAGUGCUGGUUAUAAUUCAUAUUAUAAAUUUCACGCUAAUAUUUAUCUUUCGAUUUUAUUACUUGUCGGUGUUUAUAGUUUAUAAAUGUAUGGAUUUAUUUUUUAUUGAAUGUAAUUAGAUUUUUAAUAAAUAAAUGAGAAA